GAGCCCAUUGCUAUCGUGGGAAUGGCCUGCCGGUUCCCCGGCCAGUCUGAUACUCCUGCAGACUUCUGGGAGAUGCUUGUACAGCAGAGAUCGGGAUACUCAGAGCCCCCUUCCUCAAGGUUCAAUAUCAAUGGUUUCCACUCGGAAAAAGCCAACACCGGCUCAUUGGGGCCUCGAGGCGGUUACUUCAUUUCUGAAGAUAUAUACAACUUCGAUCCUCCAUUCUUUGGAAUUACACAGACUGAGGCUACAGUCAUGGACCCUCAGCAGAGGAAACUCCUUGAGUGCGUGUACGAGGCAUUCGAGGCAGGUGGAAUUCCGCUAGACAGCGUGUCUGGAAAGAACGUAGGCACCUACGUUGGUAACUUUACCAUCGACUAUGGUAUGAUGGCCUUGAGAGAUAUGGAAUACCCCAAGCCAUACAGUAUGACCGGUCACGGCAACACGAUCUUGAGCAACAGAGUCAGUUACGUCUUCAAUCUUUGUGGCCCCAGGUUUGUAGCUACCAUCCCUUUCGGCGAGGUCAAUGGAGCAGUUGUUGGUGGCACCAACCUAAUUCUUGACGCAGCAGUCCAAAUGGCAGUUGAUAAGAUGGGAGUCCUUUCCCACACAUCGACGUGUCACACUUUUGACGCAUCGGCGGAUGGUUAUGGCCGAGCUGAAGGUAUUGGAGCGUUGUACUUAAAGAGACUCUCCGAUGCGAUUCGCGACGGCGACCCAAUCCGAGGCAUCAUUCGGGGCACUGCUGCCAAUGCAAACGGAAAGACCAGUGGCAUCACGCAGCCCAGCGCUAUUGGACAAGAAUCUGUCAUUCGAACAGCUUACGCCUUUGCGGGAAACCUCAAUCCCGAUGAGACUUCCUACUUCGAGUGCCACGGAACCGGCACCCCCGUCGGCGAUCCAAUCGAGCUGAGAGGCAUCACUAAUAUGUUUCUGAAAGAGAGUAAGAGAGACUCUUUGUUGAUUGGAGCCGUGAAGACAAACGUUGGUCACGCAGAAGCUGCGAGUGCCAUGGCUAGUAUCAUGAAGGUCGUUCUAGCUAUGGAGCUAGGAACUAUCCCGGCUAGUAUUGGCAUUAAGAACUAUAACCCUAAGAUCGACUUCUCAAACGGCCGCCUGCAGGUGGUGAAAGAUACUCUGGAAUGGCCAACCGGCUACAAUGUUCGACGUGCGAGUGUUAACUCCUUUGGGUAUGGAGGUGCCAACGCGCACGCUAUCAUCGAAUCAUCAGAGUCGUAUCUCCCUGGUUACAAAUCUUUCAAGAAGCGGAACACUGUCAGCAAUAUCGGUAAAAUUGUCACCCACGCACCCACUGGUGGCCGCAACAGCCGCACUCUCAAUGUCCAUGAAAGAACCCAAUUCUUGCUCCCUUUCUCUGCUCAGGACUUCCCAAGUCUCAAAGCCAGCGUGGAAAGACACAGAGAAGUUGCGUUGCAAUAUGACUUGCUUGAUUUGGCAUUUACACUGGGCACACGACGUUCUUUCUUCUUUAACCGUGGAUAUACGAUUGCGUCAGCAGACACUAUUGUGGAUAACCUGGACGCUGACGAAAUGACAUUCGGAAAAAGAGGCAACGGCGCAAAGAUUGCUUUCAUCUUCACUGGUCAAGGUGCGCAGAGCGCACAGCUUGGCAAGGAACUCAUGGAAAGUAUCCCUAGUUACCUCAGGAGCAUUCGGGACAUGGACAAUGUCCUUCAAAGCCUCGGGGAGGAUGCGCCAACUUGGACUCUCGAGGAGUCCAUCCUCGAGCCUAAAGCAACGAGUUCUAUUGACCAGGUCCACUUAUCGCAACCAAUUUGCACCGCUGUUCAAAUUGCACUUGUCAAGCUUCUUAGAGAAUGGGGCGUCUCUCCACUGGCAUGUGUAGGCCACUCCUCGGGCGAGAUUGCGGCCGCAUAUGCUGCUGGUGCAAUCACAGAAGAGCAGGCUAUUCUCGCUGCAUAUUUCCGUGGUGUUGCAGUAGACAAACUGACUCAGCAGGGUACUAUGUUGGCUGUUGGACUCGGCGCAGAGGAAGCUGCCCCUUACCUCGAAGAGGGCAUACGCAUCGCUUGUUACAACUCCCCCCAGAGUGUGACUCUCAGUGGUGACGAAGACGUUGCCGCAAAGGUUCAAGCCAAGCUCGAAGCUGAUGGAGUCUUCGUCCGAGCACUAAAGACUAGUGGCCGAGCUUACCAUUCUCACCACAUGAAGGAUGUUGGAGCCAUCUACGAGGAGCGUGCCAACCGUGGAUUCGCUUUCCUCGAUGCUGAAGAAUUUCCUAAACAGGAGAAAGAUUCUAAGCUUCCACUUUUUAUUUCCUCUGUCACAGGCGAGCUAAAGCUUAACUUCCAGCCAGGACCAGAGUACUGGAGAGAGAAUCUUGAGUCGCCGGUUCGAUUUGUGCAAGCCGUGACUCGUGUGACUGAACUCGAAGGUCUAGGCAUCAAUCAUAUCAUUGAGAUUGGUCCUCAUUCUGCUUUGGCCGGUCCCAUUAGACAGCUCCGCGACAAACUCGGAGUGAGCUCCCGAGAUCUUGAAUAUACAGCCACUCUGGUCCGCGGCGAGAACUCGGUCACCCGUCUCCUCGAUCUUGUGGGAGCUCUUUUUAUCAAAGGGUAUCCAGUCGACCUGGCACGUAUCAACUCUAUCGAGGAUCAAGAUUAUCAAGGGCGUAUUACUCUUCGAAAGGGACUUCCAUUGGUGGACCUCCCCCGUUAUUCAUGGAAUUAUAGCGCUGGUGCAUUACGUGCUAAGCACCGUAUCAACAUGGACUUCCAGAAUCGCAAGUUUGCCCGACACGACCUCCUUGGGAGUUUGCUUCCAGGUGUGAUCAGGGAUCAAGCGCAAUGGCGAAAUAUGCUCGAUAUUCACGACCUGCCAUGGCUAGAACAGCACAAGCUUGGUCCUCAACCCGUACUUCCCGCAACUGGCUACAUCGGCAUUGCUGUAGAAGCUGCGCGCCAGUUUUUCCAUGGAAAGAUUACUUUUGAAGGCCCAUUCAAGUACUUUAUUCCACGACUUUCCAUCAAAUCAGCCCUCAACCUGCCUCCGUCUGGCACUGCAAUCGAGGUUAUGACCAGCGUACGGUUUCAAGCUGUCUCGAAUGCCGUGUCUUCUUCAAAAUGGCUCGAGUUUACCAUUUCAUCCGUCUUAGAGGGGAUUUGGACUGAGCACUGUGUUGGCGUCAUUGGACGUCAGGCAAUCGACGAAGUCGUUCCUCUUUUCGACGAAACCAAGGUGCAAGAGCCGCGAACUUCGCACACAUGGUACAGAGGGUUUGCUAACAUUGGACUCAAUUAUGGUCCUGCUUUCAACGGAUUGAGUGAUAUCCGAACCGAUCCAUGGACGAAUGAAUGCGUUGCAGACACCAAACUGCUUCCCAUAGAUGUUCCAACAGAUGACUCUCGUUAUAUCAUUCACCCGGGAAGCAUGGACACAUGCUUGCAAGCCAUAUUGAUAGGUGCGCACAAUGGGUCCUUAAAAGGAGCAAGCAGAUCAUUCAUCCCAGUCGAUUGGGAAGAAGUUUCCAUUUAUUCCUACGAAGGCGCAGAUAUGCCUGCGCCAGCUGAUGUCAACGGACGGAUUCUUGCUACUGGGCAAUUUACUAGCUUACGUGCUCUCUUAGGCUCCUUCCAACUAAGUGCUCCUGACGGGCGACCACUGUUCACCGCCAAGAAGGUCAACUCAAUCACCUACGCUGAGGACUUGAAUAAGAACAUCACUGAUGAUCGUCAUCCAUACCUUCGUUCGAUCUGGAAGCCAGAUAGUGCCUCUUACAACGUCUCAACAUCAAUUGAGGACUCCUUGACCCAGACUCUGGACCUAGUCGGACACAAGUACCCUGGGAUGAACAUCCUCGCGAUCGUCAACUCCGAGGCAGAUCUUGCUCGCAAACUUCCAGCUGUUCUUCAGGGGGAUUCUUCGCUCAAGAGAUACAGCUCGUUUACCUAUUUAGCUGCAACUGAUGCCCUUGCGGAAGCUUCCACGGAAUUUUUCCCAGAUGGACGUGAUGUACUCGCAGAGAAAGUGACUCCUUUCGAAAACGGAGAAUAUGGCGCAUUAGAAGGAAUUACCUACGAUCUUGUCAUCUUACCUGAUACUUCGUCCUUCAAUAUUCCUGCUGCUGAAGUUUUGAAGGCCCUCCAACCAUUCUUGAGCGAAAACGGACGAUUCCUGAUCCAUCGCAACACUUUUGACGGCACUUCUUUCAAUAGCGCUUUAGAUACCAUGGAACUGAGUACUCGCAUCGUCGACCAAUCUAUAUCCGGAUGGACGUUACUCUCAGAGCCUGCACGAAAACCCCAGCCCGCUAGAGACAUUGUGGUACUGUCGAGGGAGAACAACACCGCCACCGAAAAGUUUUCUAAUGAGCUUGAACAUAGCGGUUACAAGGUUCACUCCGCUUCGUUGUCUGACAAGAACUUUACUCCGCAGUCCGAUGCCAUUUAUGUCUCAAUUGUGGAGUUGGGCUCCAGCUUGUUCAACGGUAAUUUGAAUGCAACCGAAUUCGCAAACCUGCAGAUCCUGGCGGAUUCAACCAAGGCAAUCUUCUGGCUCACAUCUGGAGACUUGCUCGGAAAGGUGGACCCCAACGCAGCCAUCGUUCAGGGUCUGGGUCGUACACUGCAGACAGAGUACAUACAGCUCACAUUCAUUGCCAUCGAUCUUGAUCACUCUGACGCCCAAAAGGCAGCUAAGCAAACCGCGCGGGUUCUCGGCCAAUUUUCGAAGGAAUCAGAUAGCAUCGACAAGGAAUACAUUGUGAAAGACGAUGUGUUUCACGUGAGCAGAUUGUCCCAAGAUGCCGUCCUGGACAGGGACUAUAGCAAUAUCGUUGGUAAAGAGGCGGCAGAUGAGGAGUACAAUGCCACCAAACCCAUUCGCCUUGACAUCGAGAAGAUUGGCCUGCUCGAUACUUUGCAUUUCAAGGCAGAUAAUCGAAACCGUGAGCUCGAAUCCGAUGAGGCCGAAGUUGAGGUUAAGGCUGUGGGACUCAAUAUGAAAGAGUACGCAACUUUCCGUGGCAGCUUCCACUCCGAAUCCCUCAGUCACGAAGGCGCCGGUAUUGUACGCCGCAUCGGCUCGGGCGUAACCGGAGUCAAGGUUGGCGACAAACGCUUCAAGGCUAUGCAUCUGCACGAAAUACGUGACGAAGAUGGCCUGAGCUUUGAGGAGAUGGCUGGAAUGCCUUUGGUCUUCGCGACAGCCGUCUAUGGGUUGCUUUAUCUAGGCCGUUUGAAGAAGGGAGAGAAGGUUCUCAUUCACUCCGCCACUGGUGGUGUUGGUCUCGCAGCUGUUCAGAUUGCUAAAAUGGUUGGGGCAGAAAUCUUCGCUACUGUUGGUACUGCUGACAAACGCGAAUUUUUGAAGCGCGAGUACGGCCUUGAAGACUCCCACAUAUUCAGUUCCCGCGAUACAUCUUUUGCAGCAGGCAUUAUGGCUGCUACAAACGGCCGUGGUAUUGAUGUUGCGCUCAACUCUUUGGUCCGCGAACUGCUUGCGGCUUCAUGGAGCGUCAUGGCUAACAAUGGGCGACACAUCGAGAUUGGUCGUACCGAUAUCAUGGAGUUUGGUAUCCUUGACUUGAACGUUUUCAAACGCAACACCACUUUCAGUGCCUUUGACUUUGGCGUUGUUGCUGAUGACCAUCCAGAAAUUGUCGCAAGCGUUAUGAAAGAUGUAAUGAAGUACCUCCGUGAGGGCACAAUUCGCCCCCUUCACCCGCUGGCUCAAUUCCCUGCUACACAGGUUUCAGCGGCCUUCGCAGAAUUCGCCAACCCACACAGAAUCGGCAAGGUUGUCGUAUCCUUUAGUUCCGAUCCCAACAGCUCAAACCCAGCUAUUCCUGUUCUACGGGAGCACAAGGAUGCUGUUAAUUUUAAGCCUGACGGAACAUACGUACUUAUUGGUUGCUUAGGAGGUCUCGGUCGAUGCCUUGCUCGCUUCAUGGUGGAACGCGGUGCACGCAAUCUCACAUUCCUUGGCCGUGGUGGAGCAGAUAAGAAGGAGGCAGCUGCCAUGAUAGACAGCUUACAAGCCCGUGGAUGUAAUGUACACGUGGUUCGAGGAGAUGUCUCAAACAAAGAAGACGUGGCUAAAGCUGUCGCUGCUGCCGGUGUUCCCGUAUACGGAAUGGUUCAAGGUGCUAUGGCUCUCGAGGAUAAACUCUUCAGCAAGCUUGAUCUUCCGGGAUGGCAAUAUCCUAUCGACCCCAAGGUCCGUGGUACUUGGAAUCUACACGAAUGCCUUGAUGGCCAGCCCCUGGACUUCUUUGUUAUGCUCUCCUCCAUCUCUGCUAUGACUGGUGCACCAACCCAAAGCAACUAUUGCGCCGGCAACACAUUUUUGGACUUCUUUGCUCGUUAUCGUGCCGGGCUAGGUCUACCAGCUACAACCGUUGGCCUGAGUAUGGUUCUGGAGGUUGGGUUCGUGUCGCAAAAUCUGGCUAUUGAGCAGGGUAUCUCUCGCUCUGGCAUCCAUGGUAUCACCGAGCGCGACUUCUUGUUGCUCAUGGAGCAAGCCAUGAAGCCUGGGCGGGUCGGAGACUGGCGCCUCGACCCUGGCGCAAAGAACUUCCUGGUCAGCGGUCUUGAGCCGGCCAAACUGGCAGCAGAUCUCGAUGUUCACGGAUUCCGCUUCUGGCUCCAGCCUCGCGUUGGGCCGUUGUUAACAGCGAUCCAGCGCAAGAAGGAAGGAUCAGGCCGUGGAGGUGCGGGCGGGGCCAAGGCAGUCCUUGACCUGAGCGAUAUUCUGGAAGCGACAGUGGAGAAGUUCGCUAAGACGUUCAUGAUCCCCGUUGAUGACGUUGAUCCAUCGAAACCGCUGGUGGCUUACGGAAUGGACAGUAUGAUUGGAACUGCCCUACGCAACUGGGGCUUCUCGACCUUUGGUGUGGAUAUUCCUGCUUCUGAUUUCAUGGGUCCAGUUCUUACAGCCCAAGCCCUUGCCGAGAAGAUCUUCGCUGGUCGCUCUUGAGUACAGAAUCUAUUGUUUCCUUUUCUUUUUCUGGAUCUCCGGCGGGUCCCCCUCCUACAUGUACAUACUACCAAGUGUAUGGGCACUUCUAAGUUCCACAGCCUCAUACGUGGUUUUUCUGGGGUUUUCAUCGGUACUGAUUUACUCUCAUAUUGCUG